UUCAAGCAGUUUACACUGACUUUCCGGCCAUCGCACCGAACCCAGCUCAUUAAUAUUCGAAGAAGCGACGUUUAAAAUAAAACGAGCAACCACUCAAGUCUGAUGAUGUCGCUGUCACUGUGAAUGGUCCAGUGUACAGAGACUGCACGGCCAUAGCAACCGUUGCUAUGGUUCUGACGUCAUCGGUCGAUGUCAACUCUCGGGUUAGGCCGUCUGCUGCUAUGUAACCUACACCAACUACAAACAGACUCCUUAGAGAAAAUGAUACUUCAUUUUUUGGAGCUGACUAUCGUAUUGUUAUUAUAUUUGUGUCGGGGAGCUGUCUCUAUAAACUGCUACAUCUGUUCCUCUCUAAAUGGAAGCAACCCUAACUGUGAAGAUCCGUUCAACCCAGCCAUGUCUACGUACAAGGAGAAGUGCAUGGUGCCAAAGCAGGGUCACAUCGGCAUGUUUCCUGCCAACUUUUGCAUCAAAAUAGAUGGGAAAAAUGUGGAAACCAAAGAGGUGAUGGUGAUCAGAGCCUGUGUGAUGAAAACAAUGGACUCGCAGUGUGGCGGAUUCCGCUAUCAGGACACCAUGAUGACAGGUUGUAUCCAGUCAUGCGAUUACGAUGGCUGCAACGGUGCUCCUACGCUCAGCCGAACUUCUGGUCUCCUGGUGGUUAUCGUGUUGGCUGCCCUGUACUACCACAUCACCUGACACACUCGGACAGUAGUGCUCUUUCUGACCCGCCUACUCCUCUAGUAGAUCCCGAUCCUGAAGGCUGGAGGUUCCACCCAUCCAUCGAUCAUUGUACAUAGUCUACAUCGUCAACUCAGUUCUUUGGUGGAUAUUACUUACAUAACACAAACACAACUGGUCUUGUGAAGUAGAUAAGAGAAAUAUACAUUGAUUUACUAUUGGGACUAACACGCUGAUGUUUUGUUAGUAUAACAUGCUUGUACUUUACAUUUCAAAUACGUUUGUCUUAAAGUACAAAGUAGAUGAGUUAUCUUGAUCUAUGACGUUCAUUUCAUCCCUGUAGCUAUGUUUUGAAAUAUAUUUCAUCUCUGAUUAAUAAAAAUGUGUAUUUGUUUUAUACAAGAAAGACACACGCUCACACCUUUGACGUUAUUUUGUAAGGGUUGAGUAAUGCACACAAAACAACACAUUCGGUUUGUUCUCUCAGAUCGUUCAAAUAAUGAGAGUAAAAUGUAAGUAAUGGUGUUAAACUUAUGGGGUUUUUAAAUUUAUAUUUGUGCUCAUCAUUAAAAGAAAAAUGUAUAUAUUAAAUUGAACACUUUUAUGAUAUGAUGUGUGACUGACUAAUAGAUAAAGAUUAUUAGUAUCAA